AUGCUUCCGUCGACUGGGUACUUCAAAGGAAAUAAUUGCCCAUUCUAUGAUAAUGGUCUCUGUGAGAGACCUUAUUGUCAUUUUCGACACGUUAAAAAAGAGUCUCUAAGUACACAAAGCGAUGGAAUUGAAAGUGGAGCGAUAUUACAAAAACUUGUGUCAGCCGCAGUUCAAAAGGUUCUACAACAAACAGAGGCAUCUACAGCUGCGGCCUCAACAGAGUUGGAGAAUAACAACAAAAGUUUGGUUCAGGGUGUAGCCAAAGUGACAUACAAUCCCACUCCAAUAUCAGAAUUGGAGAAAAUCACAAACCCUGAAACUGAAGAAAAUGAAGAAGCUAUCGAACAAAGAAGACGACAUAUUCCAGUACCUUAUACUCCAAGAAAACCGGCUAGCUUAUCUAUUCAAAGACCUAGCGAUACUAAUGGGUCUUCCAAACCUUUCAUUUACAUUCCUCCUCCAUUGAAGUAUACCCCAGGCAGUACGGAAGCUGCACAAUGUGAUAAAUACACACCUACAGGCUCAACAGUGUCUACAGAGAAGUAUUUACCAGGAACUGAGACUGAAUUACAAGAAUAUAACCCCCAUGAAGGUUCUAAAACGAGCUCGAGUAAAAGAAACUAUGUGCCAUCAGAUAAAAAUGUAAAUAAAAAGAAAAUAUUGGAAUAUAAACCAACCAAACUUAGUACUAAAACUGAAACACAGACAGUUACUUAUCAACCAACACCAAGAGCCCUUGCUCCAUGUUUUUCUAGUGAUGAAGAUGAGCCUGAUAUUAAGAAACAAAAAUUAUCAGCAGACUUAAAUGGUUUAGAUGACUUGGGUCCUGAAUUUGAUAUUUUGGAUCAAAUAUUAGAUGAGGAAAAGUCGGACCAUGAUAAAGUAAAGAAAGAUAAUAUUGUUAGUGAAGCCAAAGAAAGUAAUCAUAAAAAUAGCAAUAAAUAUAAAGAGAAUCGAAAAGAAAAAAGUAGUUCUGAAAAAAAUCAUAAUAGCAGAUCUUAUCAAAAAAGUAGCUCUGACAAGAAAGAUAAGUCUUCUAAAUCUGAAGAUUCUUCUAGUAGUAAACACGAAAGGAAGAGUUCUGAACUUAAAUCUAAGCAUAAAACUUCUAAAGAAAAAGAAAGUAGAGAUAAGAGAGAUAAGCAGUCAUCUGAUAAAAAGUCUUCUGACAGAAAGAGACAUUCUACUUCUAAAGAAUCAGAUUCCAGUUCUAAGCACUCGAAACACAGUUCAUCUAAAAGACAUCACUCAAAAGACAAAAGUGAUAAGAAAGGUCACAAAAGUUCAAAAGAAUCCAACAGCAAACAAAAGGCUAGUGAAAUUAUUAGUAACCUUUCUGAUGAUGAUGUUCCUGAUGAAGAACUAAUUAAUGAGGAAUUAGAUUUAGAAUCUGAUGAAGAAGCUAUAGCUAUGGAGUGUAAAAGAAUAUUUGAUGAGUAUGUUCCGAUUGAGAAGCCUAAAAUAGUUGAAGAGAUUAUGAAACCAGACGAAUCCUUAGAGGAAGAGUCAAUACCAGGAAAGAAAAGGAUCUCAAGAGCAAUUGAUAAGAAUAUUAAAGUUACACCUAAAGCACCUAUCAAACCUGAUUUCAAAAUAAGUGCGGCUCAGCAGAUGGCAGAAAGGUUAGCAAAAGUUCGUGAAUAUCAUACUGCAAGAAACACUAAUGCACCUACAAAUCCUGACCCAGCUCCCAUUUCAAAAAUUUCAUUUGCCCCUCCUACAACUGGGCAUUCUAAGAUUCGCAUUGCACAUGUGCCUUAUGCUUCUAACCUAAUGAAUGUCAAGAAAACUAUAACACCUAAUCAGAAUAGUGUAAAAAGUGAGCCCUCAACAAGUACUACCAUAACACAAACUGUUAAAAAAGGUGUCCAGAGAGUUGCCCAUAUACCUAAUGAGAAGUUCAUUGACAGACCUGGUGUUUUAGCACCACUUGGUUCGAAAAUUCCUGCAAAUAUUAGAUCCAAAUAUCUUAACAUGAUGAUAGAUGAGUGUCUGAAGCUCUAUCUUACACCCACAGAUGCUUACGCAAGAGCUCAACAUGAAGAAUUGAAUACGAGCAAAAAGUGCUCUACUGUUCAAAUAUACAAGAAUUCUGCAGUAUUAACUAUUAGUAGAUUAAGAAAAGAAUUUGUGGAGUGUAAAGGUGUAAAGAAAUCAGGUACUGACUGUACAACAUUACAAAAAGUACCUGGCUUGACACCUACAACCACAAGCUCUUGGAGCAUAGUAAACAAAAACAGAAAUAACAUCGAUAAUUCAAAGGAAUUUAGAGGUGCAAAAUUAUACAGUAACCUUCAAAAGUGGAUUUUAACAGAAGAACAACUCAAAGACAAUGGUUUUCCAAGACCACAUGAAAAUGGCAAAAGAGGUAGAGCAGUUAUUUAUGGACAAAAUAAAAAACCACCACCUAAAGGUUUUACCAGGAAUUGUUGUAGAUGUAAGAAAGAUUAUAAUGUAGAUAAGAAAGGAUUUGCAGUUGUUAAAGAAGAAUGUAUUUACCAUCCUAAUAAUAAAUAUAGAUUUCGUGGCGAAGUGCGUUACCAGUGUUGUAGCCAGGAUGGAUCAUCAGAUGGCUGUUGUGUAGCACCCAGUCAUGUUUAUGAAUAUGUUGAUUUUGAUAAUUUGAAGGGAUUUGUCAGAACAUUACCUCCAGAAAAUACUCAAGAUGAUUAUGGAAUAUAUGCAUUGGAUUGUGAAAUGUGUUACACAACACAUGGAUUAGAUUUGACUAGAGUAACAAUAAUUAAUUCUGAUUGUAAAGUGGUCUAUGAGACGCUGAUUAAACCAUUGCAUCCCAUAAUAGAUUAUAAUACUAGAUAUUCCGGAAUUACUGAGGAACAAAUGGUUAAUGUAACAACAACAUUACUGGAUGUCCAAGCUACACUUCUUACAAUGUUUAAUAGUAAAACUAUAUUGGUGGGGCAUAGUUUAGAAUCUGACUUUAAAGUUUUAAAACUAAUUCAUGAUACUGUUAUAGACACAAGUGUUUUGUUUCCUCACAAAAUGGGUCCUCCGUAUAAGAGAGCUCUUAGAAAUUUAUCUUCAGAGUAUUUAAAGAAAAUUAUUCAAAAUUCUGUGGAUGGACAUGACAGUGCUGAAGAUGCCACUGUUUGCAUGGAAUUAUUACAUUUUAAAUUAAAAGAAGAACUAAAAAUUAGAUGA